AUGGCAGUAGCCGACCUCCGACUACUUGCAGAUACAACGAGAAAAGCCAACAAAUCAUCUGCCAUGCUGUUAGAAAAUCGGCGUGCUGAGAAAAUACUAGUCAAACACCACGAGUUUGACUCCGGCAUGGCAUGGAAUAGUCGCAGAAGAGAGCGAGUAGAGACUCGAGCCCGCACAAAUCCGAAAGAAAAGAGCGCAGUUGAUGAGAAGAUAAUAGUCGCAGUCAUGAACAUUACAAAUACUGCAUUGUAUUUUAUGAUUAUACAUUGCUUCCUUCGAAAUUCGUAACGCUGUUGUUACCACACAAAGACAUUAUUCUUUCAAUUCGGCCUGCGUUGAAGGAAGAUGGGAAUAUCAGUCAGAUCGAGCCCGUAGGUCUCGCUUGUUUUGACGCUCUUGCGGUUGACCGUCUCAGUGGAACCGUUGCGAGAGCCGGCACUGGCAAUGAAACCAGUUUCGCGGUCCCAGCCAUAGCCGAGUCCACCGCUGAAUCGGUCAGGCACGUCUGUACUGCGGCUGGGGAGUGGUGGUUCCUCCUCCACAAGUCCGAGAUGCGCCAACUCUUCUGUCCUGAUGUUACAUGAGCGGCGUGCUUUGUUCAGAGCACGAGAUCGCUCCGCGACGACAGAGUCUGUAGGCCUGUAAGGCAGGUAGUUACCGGCCUGGGAUGAGCCUCUAUUUGUGCCUUGGGCGUUCUGGGACAAGGACGUGCUUGAGCUGUUGCUCGUGGCAUACGAGGUGCGUGAUGAGACUGUAGAGACCGUUGUUGUCGUGGUAGUGGACGAGAAAGCAGAACUUGAACGACCGACGUCAACCUUUGAUGGUCGUUCAUCCGAAGACCACAUUGUCACAAAAGUGGCCGUCGACACCAUGCUGUUGGUGCGCAUCAAAUUCGCGUCGACGGACUUGGCGUCCUUCGUGUCUUCCAGGAGGUCUGAUGUUGAUUG